UAUGCUGUAUGAGCUCAUAUUUCUUCCCCCUUCUGUUUAUUAAUAAAUGUAAACAGAUAAAACGUUGCCAGAGAGACCAGCGGCAUAUGUUUAAACUCGGUCAGAGAGAGGCCAGACUACUGCUGUCCCUGUUCAGUUGGCUACCAGCUCUUCACUUUGGGUUCACUUCAUGGUUAUUGUCCUGGAAACUCGUUAUCUGAUUUGAGGUCAACAUAUAAAAUGGAAGAUCAAGAAAUGAACUUUGAGCAAGCUUAUGGGUCUCUAUCGGAGACAGACAAAACGUUUGAACCCUUAUUUAUUGAGGAGGAAGAUGGAGACUACUUUGAAGACUGCUUGGAAGAGAUUGAGGCUGCUCUAACUCUUCCUGGAGAGUCCAUGCCUUAUUCAAUAAAAUGCAGAGAAGCUUUGCAAGCUGAGUUUAAUGGACUUAUGCAACAGAUGUUGGCACAGUUAGAUGUUUUUGAUGCAGCCCAUCCAACUACUGCCCCACUGGAGUUAUUCUCAGAAACAGUGAACAAAAUGGACAAGAAUGGAUUCACAAAAACAAUCGAGUUCGGAGAGACGUGCAUUCCUGAGAAAGAGCAAACUGUGUUGGAGGUUGAAGAUAAUGCUGUUGGCAUCCCUGUCGAGGCAAAGCAUGAGUUGUCUGCCACCAUGGAAAUACAAAAGCUCAGAGAAGUAUUUGAGAGCUGUAUUGAGGAGGUGGGUCAGUUGGAGCGCAGAAGGGAUGAGUUGGUUCAGGAGCUUCUGGAGCUGGAGGAGCCAAUGGCCCAAGAGCUGCAGACAGUGAGGGAGACUCUGGGGGAAGAACAAGGCCUCCUGUCCAAAGUCAGACUGGAAAGACAAAGCCUGCAGGAGGAGACUCAAAAGACCAAAAGACGCCUGUUCAUAGCGGUCCGAGACUGUACACAGAGACAAGUACAACUUGAAUUACAACAGAAAGAGGUGGAGCAGCUCAACCAAGCUCAGGAGGAGCUGAAGGCCUUUGCUGUUAAGCUGACUGAGGAGAUCGCCAAGAUACAUUCAGAUCACCAAAGCCACCUGCAGGAACUACAAAAGCAACUGAACACCACUCAGGAGUCCAGCAAGAAGAAAAAUCGCUCGUAUGUAACUCAAGGACGGCGGGCCUCUUGUGACCUCCAGCAGUACCUGCAGGGUGGGAUCAAAGCUCUGGAGGAGUUCUACGAGCCCCGGUUAGUGUCCCUGCUGAAGAGACGUGAGGCCACCAUGGAUGCCCUCAGUAAGGCUAAAGAGCAGUGCCAGGAGCUGAGGGCCAAGUUGGGACCACUGAGAGAAGAGGAGCAGAUGCUGAGACUCCAGAGAACUUGUCUGGAGGAGAGGAUCCAACUAAUGGAGAGACAGAGAAGGGAAAAUGUGGAACAAUAUCGGGACACAGUUGAUGCCUUAGAGGAGAACAUCAGAGAACUGAAAACUGAGCUCAAGAUCCAGACAAAGAAGACUGAAGAAUUGGAUAUGCUGAAGAACAACACGGCCAAAGAGCUGUUCUUUUACAGGCAAGUGCUGACACUUUUUCAAAGAGUUUUUUUUUUUUAAAACUGCAAAGUAAUUUAAGGGGAAAAUACUAUUACACCAUGCAUGUACCAAGUGAUAAAACUUUUCUAUGUUAAUGGAUCCUCAUCCUAACCAGCUGCAACAAGACAGAUGCAAGAUUUCUAGCUCUGUCACACUAAACUAGAUAGCACUGCCCACAGUGAUAUGUCAUUGGUCCAAAAGCUUACUCUAUUAAAUAUUAAAAGGGGGUAAGACUCCCCCGGGCAUGAUGACCCCAAUUUUUUAUUUAUUAUUUACUGUAACUCAUAAGGUUAUAAUUCAGUAAUUCCAUGAAUUAUAUCUUCACUUUUCAUUAAAACCUAUAAGCUAAUUCAGUGAAAUCAAGUUAUGACAUAUCUUUAAUUAAAAUAUUGGGAAAUAAAUAUGUAAAUAUCUAUAUGCCUGUGUAAGGAAAAAAUGUUUGCCCACUGACAAAGAAAUGAUCAAUCUAGUAUUUUAAUGGUAGGUUUAUUUGAACAGUGAGAGACAGAAUGACAACAACAACAACAACAAAAAAAUCCAGAAAAACGCAUUUCAUAAAAGUUAUAAAUUGAUUUGCAUUUUAAUGAGUGAAAUAAGUAUUUGACCCCUUCGCAAAACAUGACUUGGUGUAGCAGAGGCCAGCGGGUAAGUGCUGUGCAGGUAAAACCACACUCCCCGAUCUCAAGUGGCGCUCUAGCGACUGACGCUAGAGGCCGUGGCCUUUAGCCUCCUUAUUAGAGCUUGUUGGCAAUCACAGAAGUCAGAUGUUUCUUGUAGUUGGCCGCCAGAUUUGCACACAUCUCAGGAGGGAUUUUGUCCCACUCCUCUUUGCAGAUCCUCUCCAAGUCAUUAAGGUUUCGAGGCUGACGUUUGGCAACUCGAACCUUCAGCUCCCUCCACAGAUUUUCUAUGGGAUGAAGGUCUGGAGACUGGCUAGGCCACUCCAGGACCUUAAUGUGCUUCUUCUUGAGCCACUCCUUUGUUGCCUUGGCCGUGUGUUUUGGGUCAUUGUCAUGCUGGAAUAACAUCCACGACCCAUUUUCAAUGCCCUGACCCUGACGGUACAUGGCCCUGUCCAUCGUCCCUUUGAUGCGGUGCAGUUGUCCCGUCCCCUUAGCAGAAAAACACCACCAAAGCAUGAUGUUUCCACCUCCAUGUUUGACGGUGGGGAUGGUGUUCUUGGGGUCGUAGGCAGUAUUCCUCCUCCUCCAAAAACGGCGAGUUGAGUUGAAAACUUUUCAUGGGUUUUGGCUGAUCAUUUACACAACAACAGUGUUUUGCAGAUCUGAAAACACAAACUUUUGAAAAAGGGUUUGAAAGUGUACGUUUUUGAAAACACUACUGUUAUUAUCUCUGUGCAAAUUACAAAACCACAAAUUUGUGAAAAAAGUGACAUCGUGUGCAUAUGUAUAAUGUGUUCAGUCUAUAGGCAUGCGAGAGUACUUGGCAACCAAAACUAACAAUGUUGAUAUUCAAGGCUCUGUAGAAGAAUGCAUAUGUGCACAAGUGCGUAGUUUAUUUUACAAAGUGGCAUCGCACACUACUGGCCUGGCAUGCAUAAUACAGCAUUUUCAGACAUUUUUGCAGAUACAUGUGAAUGGGGAUACUUUUGACAACACUGUUGUCUGUAUACAAAGCUUUUCAAAAAUGCAAAAAAUUGCAUUUUCUGUUUUUAGUACAUCGCUGUCAUGCAAUUGUACCCUAUAAAAACACACUGUUCUCAAGAGGAACAUCUUCCUCCAUCUUACCCUACGUUCUGAUUGGCCUUGAUUGUACUGGAUUUCCACUUUCAGUGUGGACAGACAAUUUACUUUUACUAAUUGCUGAAAACUUAUAACUUAUGAAAAAUAUUUUAUGUCUUUAUUGUUUUACAGAGAGCACGUAGAUGGCACCUGCAAGCAAGAGAGCAGUGUGAUGGUGGAAAAAACCUAAUGAACUAAAGUUUGUGUUACUGAUUAUCUUAUUUGUAUGUAAAAUGUGUUUCAUAUGAUAUUUAGUUUAUCAUAGUUUAAUCGAAACUCCCUCUCCUCUCUUAUUAAUAGUCAAUCACCAAAACAGUAACCCCAAUUUACUGAAGACGCACAACAGUGUUCUCUGCAAAGGUCAAAUUAGAUUUAAAAAAAAAAAAAAAAGCACUCUGAACAGCAAGGACCAAUUGUGUCAGAUAUCCAGAUCUUUAUCUGACAAAUUACACAGUUUAGAAUGUUCUUAAAACACUGUUUUUGUUGUGUGUAUAAGAGGGAAUAAAGUUCAUAUCAAAUGGUGCCUGAACUAAGUGCUUUCUCUUAUGAGUCAGUUAAGUGGGCAAAACAAGGACUUAUUUGGGCACUGUAUGAGAGCUCUAUAAACAUGCAGACAGCAUGAUUGUGAUAAUGUUUAGAUGAAUGACUAAGAGAAGAUGAAUUAAGUGCUUGGUUGAUUUGAUGUGUCUUGUUAAGAUCUGAAAUAAACAAGAAUUAGAAAUACUGUUUAUCAUACCUAGUAGUGAAUUGAGUGCAAGGAUAUGAAUUCUGUCAGUGACAGGGAGCAUGUUUUUUUUUUAAGACUGAAUAAUUUGCUAUUUCAAGACAUUUCGGUGACUAAAACGUAGAAAAUUUGAAUCUGGGUAAUUACAAAAAUAAAAGGCAUUUAUUGAGGAACA